AUGUGCUAUUGGCCUGAUGGAAGUGUUGCAGACGGUCUCUACGCUUGUGGCCUAGCUGACAACGUACGUCCAAACGGGGCCAGGCAAUGCUGUGGCAUAGGUGAUAUGUGCACUACAAAUGGCCUGUGCAAAAGCCCGGCUGGCUACAACGCCAUCGAAAGCACUUAUCGGCGCAUGGCGUGCACUGAUAAAAGCUGGGAGUCAAAUGCAUGUCCGAAGUACUGCUACAAUAAAUUCAUUGAUCCUAAAGACGACAGCGCCUCCAGAGAAAGUCGCCACAUUCUCGCUUGCGAAGACCUGCCCAGCGGUAAAACGAAGUAUUGCUGUCUGUACCCGGGCCCCGUCGACCUUGCGAAGAAUCCUUACAUCUGCUGCAAUGACUCGACGAGGACGUUCGCAGCGGCGUCUGCAGCGUAUUUCGCUGGUGCACAGAUCAUGACGAGCUGGCCUGUCAAUCCUGUGGCGCCAACACUGACAGGCACAUCUACAACAGCAGCUACGACAACUCCGACUGCCACCAGGCUUCCUACUGGACUGUCUACAGGCGCCAAAGCCGGCAUAGGCGUCGGCACAGCCGGGGCAGCUAUUCUUCUGCUCGCUCUCGUUAUCUUGUUCUUCAAAGCACGGUCGAGAAGGAAAUGGGCAGCACACACCACAGCCCUCGACCCGAACACUCAGCGGACCGGGCUAUUCGACUUUUCCGAGGAGAAAAUGAGCUUGAAUGACAGAGCACUGCCGGCCUCUCCAGCAACAUACAACCCACCUGCUUCAGGCCGUCACAUCGACCAGAUCUACGGCUUCACAAAAGCCACAUCAGACGUGCUCAUCGCCUUCAAAGAUACCCUAACCGACACGCAAUGCGGCAGCUUUUCGCCCCUGGCAUCAGGGUAUCCUAUGCAAGUGCGCUUCGCCUCACCACCGCAGACCUUCAGCUGCUUCAACUUAGACGACAUCAACUCCGGCCUCGAAGCCGCAAAAUCCGUUAACAGCAACGUCACCGUAGAGUCACUGCAGCUGGAUCAGUAUAACAGCAGCGCCAAUUACUCCCUCGUCAAGUUCAGUCAAGGUGGCGCGAACGAUGAGCUGCAGAGAGGGAUUGGGAUGUUUCGGUUUCGAGCCUACAUGUAUGAGGCGGCUGAUCGCUGGACUGGUGGGCCGGAGGGGGUAAGCAGGGGGUAUGAUUUGGAUUGCGCUUUUUCGGAUAUUAGGUGUACUUUCCUGCCGACUGGGGUGAGGAGCUUUUCGAUGGUGGCUGUGGCGGAGGAUGAGAGGAGCGGGAAGUGCGUGAGGGCUAGUUUGGAGAAGGAUACGCCUUUCUGGGGACAGGCUACAGCUGGGUCGAUGUUUAAUGUCGCUCCAGUGGUCGUGGUCGCAACUUUAGGGAGCUUACUGGUACUGUAG